UCUUCGCUUCUCACGGUGCUUUUCGGUCGCGUCUAAACGAUCCCUUUUGUGGUUCCUUGUAAACGACGAAAAGUAUAGCAAAACAAGAAAUCAUCUUCGCAGUUCCCCAAAUCGAUUCUUAGCAAUUGCUCAGCUACACAAUGUCGGGAAUCGCAGUUGCGCGGCUUGGCGAAGAACGUAAAGCUUGGCGGCGAGAUCACCCCUUCGGAUUCGUUGCCCGCCCAGUCGCAAAUGCCGACGGCACCCUGAAUCUGCUGAUCUGGGAGUGUGCCAUUCCCGGAAAGAAAGGGACUCCGUGGGAAGGUGGAUUGUACAAAAUCCGCAUGAUUUUCAAGGAUGAUUACCCGACCAGCCCGCCCAAAUGUAAGUUUGAACCACCGCUGUUUCAUCCGAAUGUCUAUCCUUCCGGCACGGUGUGCCUAUCGCUGUUGGACGAAGAAAAGGAUUGGCGCCCGGCCAUUACCAUCAAGCAAGUGCUACUGGGAAUUCAGGAUCUGCUAAAUGAACCGAACAUCCGGGAUCCGGCACAGGCUGAAGCUUACACUAUCUACUGUCAAAAUCGUUUGGAGUAUGAAAAACGUGUUCGCGCCCAGGCACGAGCUAUGUCCUCUUAUGAUUAAGAUUGCACGAAACUGAAAGGGUGCCAGAACAGGCCAAUUAUAAUCACAAUUUCAGUUGAAUUCAAUAAAAUAUUUAAGAACCUCACUG